GGACGCGUGCGCGGCAGAUGUUGUUUGUAUGUAUCCAUGUUUGUACAGCUGCCAUCCAUGUGUAUAGCUUUGAUUUACCACCCAGCGCUCGCUCAUCCUAUAUCGCCCAUAAUCAAAUGGAGGCUCAUCGUGAGGCGUAUAAAGUCUUGCUCGGGGUCAGUCAUACAUGCAAACAGCCGUAGAGUGAACGUCAUCCAAAGGAUGUGUGUUGCAAUCCCAACAGGAAUUGACCCGUUGACGACGACGACGACACUCUGUGAGACGACAGCGCCGCGCGCCUCGUGCUGUAUUGUGUAGAGGCCGGCAGGCUGGGCACACCUGGGCAGUCUCAAUAAAGCAUGAUCACCACGCCUCAACAGCACGUCUGACCCUACUUUACCGAUCGACAUACCCUCCCCAUUCGGUUGUAUAUACAAGCGAGUACCACACUCGUACAACGAUCGUGAGAGGAAACGAUCAAAAGCAUGUCCAGCAUCCUGCCAUUCCCUUCACCGUCGUCGUCAGGUCCGGCUAAAAGAAACAGCAGCAGCCAAGGCGCCCCAGCCCCAGCUAGUGCUGGUGUUGAUGAUCACAGCAUCAACUCCACCCACGGCAGCAGCAGCAGCAAACUCUCUCAUCAGCACUUGCCCACCGUAGGCGGCAGUGGCGGCAAGCACGCCGGCGAACCCUUGCCGUCGGCUCUUGCAGUCAACUCGGCAGGAGUAGGCCCUGGCGGCUGUAGCAGCACAACGUCCCCAGAGAGGGGGCACAAGGACAAAGAGAAGGACACCAAGGACGUGUGCUGUCCCGGCAGCACCACAGCCAUAUACGUUGCACCCAACUACUACAGGCCUCCGCCUCCUAGCGGCACAGGCUCUUCAGCGUUCACAGGCUCUGCCAGCGCAGCACAUAAGCGCUUCCAUUCUUCUGGCAGCGCCGCGUCCGGGAGCGGUGGUGGCGGCGGCAGCGGCUUCGUCUACCAUCCCCGUCAGCCAGGUCCACAGUCUGACUCGUACUUCUCCGGCGCGCUGCCGCCUGCCAACCUUGGGCCCGGCAGCUUUGCAUCAAGCACCGCCGGCGGUCGCUCAGCGGGUGCUCGCACCGGCUCCGUCUCUGGCUUGGGCGCGGGUGGCUGUGCACAUGCACGAGCAGUGAGCUCGUUCUCAUCGUCUGCAACUGCCACUGGAGCGGGCGCAGGGGCAGCAGAACUGCCUUCUCAUUUACUCGCGGACAACAGCAGCAGCAACGCUGGCGGUCGUGGGGAGAAAGAAGUGUACAGCAGCACAAGCGGUACUUUUGGCAUGAGCAAGUCGCAUUCGACCUGUGGGAGCUACUUUGGUAGUGGCGCCGGUUUCUCGACCAUGGAGUCUCUCUCGAUAGCCACUGCUACCAGCGGCGAACGGGGUAGCUUAACCUAUGUCAGAGACAGCUCCGGCGCAGAGACAGCCACACCUGCGUCAGCGGCUGGUGGCGACGGUGCAUCGGCUGCGCCAGCCACCACACCUUCGACGCCGGCGGUUGUGGCUAGCAGCGGCAGCAAUGUCAGCAUCAAGGAUGUCCUCGCGGGCGGACCGGCGUCCUCGUUGACACAUCUCAACCUUGGCCCCGCAACAUUUACGUCGAGCAACAGCAGCAACAGUAACACUAAUAACAGCAACAACAGCGCCAGCGCGGGAGGCACAAUGACACACCGCGGUCGAAGCAGCACCCUCGCUGGCGCCCUUUCCUCCCUCAGUUUUGGCUUUGGCAGCGCAAACAGUGGCGCGACAGCCUCUGCGCACGCAGCCACGGCGUCAGUGCCGGCAUCUGCUUCGGUAGGCGGCGGUGGCGGGCUGCUGCAACAGCAGCAGCAGCAAAUGGGCGCAGCGCGCCACCCUAGCGCGCAUCCGCAGGGCCGCCCGCCGUCGCCUUCGACACUGACGGACGUGCUGCUCGGCCUGCACGCCACGCUGUACGGAGGUAAGCGCAAGCCCGAGCAGGUGCGCGAGAUGGUCGGGAGGUACUACGAGGGCAACGCAUUGUUCGAAUCGCCGCUCCUCAGCGCUCAUGGCCACGAACAGAUUGCGAACCAGUUCAUCAUGGCGUUCUCGCUCCCUGGUCUCGACGUCCGUUCGGAACUGCGCGAUGUCAUUUGCAGUGACUUUGAAUUCGAUGGAACUCGCGCAGGCAUCAUCGACCAGACAAUCACUGUCACAUUUCUGCCCUGGCUGUUCGGCCGCGACACCAUGUCGCAAGAGGCGGCCGACGCCGAAGCAGCGUCGCUCGCGUAUGGCCACUACUACGCCAGCGCGAGUGGCGUUGCAGGCAGCGGCCCAGCGUCGUACGCCAGCUACCCGAUGAGCGCGCGCGGUGGGGGUGCUGGUGGUGGCGCUGGUGGUAGUGGCGGUGGCGGCGGGACUGCGUACGGAUACGGCUAUGCGCAACCCGGCUCGAGCGGCAUCCACGGCGCGCAUGGACCCGGCACGGCUCCGGUCACGCCGCAUCCGUUCGCCAACUACCAGACGCAGACUCCCGGAGCAAGCUCCUUCUCGCGCUUCGGUGGUGAGCAUGGUUUUUCCAGCAUCUUGGGCAUACCCGCUCCGCACAGCCCCACCAUGCCAUACUAUGCUUGGGGCGGCAGCGGAGGCGGUGGUGGUGGCGACCCACGCAUGGCGUACGGCCAGAGCCACAUGGGUGCUGCCAGUGUCGGCCACUCGCGUCCGCACACGCCCGGCUGGACAUCCGCCAUGGCAGGCGGUAAUGUCGGCGGCAGUGGCUUUUUUGGCAGCUUCGGCGGCAGCGCGAGCGGCGUCCGUCCGCUGAGCAGUGCGCAUCCGCAUCCGCAGCAGCAACAGCAGCAGACGCAUGCGUACGGCGCCGGUCCUGCGCACGGCACCGGCGCCUACGGCUACGGGCACUCACAGAGCCAUACCACAGCCUCGAGCGUCAACGGCGAUUCGUUUGAUGAUGACGAUGAUGACGGAUUUGGCGUCGGCAGCUCCAUCUCGCAGCGGCAUGCGGGCAGUAGCGUCAUCCACACGGG